AAUAUUUUCAUGUGGAAAUUUCGCUGAGCACGAUGCAGAAGCAGCACAGUGCGCAGCGCCACGACCUCUUUUUACUGUCGCUGGUUUGGCGGAUUCUGCAUGCGAUGGGCAUUCCGGUCAUCGAACUCCCAACGGGCGAAUUCAGCAGCGGACCAGACACGCGACGCUGCAGGAAGCAGUUUGGAGACGAUAUAAAUGCAAGCCACCGCACAAGGGCAGCAGCAACAGCAAAAGCCGCUCCUUUUUCCAAUCGCCGACGUCUUUCCCCCUUUUCCUUCUUGAUUCCUCAUCCUCGAAUCGCCGUCAAAAUCCCGGCUUGCUUCUGUUCUGUGCCGGUGACCCCCCGGAAAAGAUCGGACCUUUUUGGCUGGUUUAGGUGCUCGGCCUCUCCUGGAGAUGGCGGAGGUGAAGCCGGAGGAGAUCGCGGCGCACCCUCCCAUGGAUCAGCUUCAGGGAUUCGAGUACUGCAUCGACUCGAAUCCUUCUUGGGGAGAGGCGGCGGUUCUAGGGUUUCAGCACUACGUACUCUCCCUGGGCACGGCGGUCAUGAUCCCGACACUACUGGUACCCCUGAUGGGCGGCACCGAUGACGAUAAAGCUAGAGUUGUCCAGACAUUGCUCUUCGUAACUGGAAUAAACACUCUCAUCCAAACCCUAUUUGGAACUCGUCUUCCUACAGUCAUCGGUGGUUCAUAUGCAUUUGUAGUUCCCAUCAUCUCGAUAAUCCACGACUCAUCCCUGACACGGAUAACCGAUGACCAUGAAAGGUUCCUGCAAACCAUGAGAGCUAUACAGGGAGCUCUAAUUGUCUCAUCCAGUAUUCAGAUUAUACUGGGUUACAGCCAGUUGUGGGGGAUCUUCUCCAGAUUUUUCAGCCCUCUUGGAAUGGUUCCAGUGGUUUCAUUGGUCGGAUUUGGCUUGUUCGACAGAGGAUUCCCCGUGGUUGGGAGAUGUGUGGAGAUUGGUGUUCCAAUGAUUAUACUCUUCGUGGCUGCAUCCCAGUACUUGAAGCAUGUUUAUAUUCGGCGGUUGCCUGUACUCGAGAGGUUCUCUCUUCUGAUAACCAUUACAAUCAUAUGGAUCUACGCCCACUUGCUCACUGUUGGCGGCGCAUAUAGACACCGGCCUGACCGUACACAAUUCCAUUGUCGCACGGACCGUGCCAACCUCAUCUCUUCUUCUCCUUGGAUAAAGAUUCCAUAUCCCUUGCAAUGGGGUGCACCGACUUUUGAUGCUGGACAUUCCUUUGGAAUGAUGGCUGCUGUGUUUGUAUCUUUAGUCGAGUCGACCGGAGGAUUCAAAGCAGCAGCUCGCCUUGCCAGUGCAACACCUCCUCCAGCUCAUGUUCUAAGCCGUGGCAUCGGAUGGCAGGGAAUAGGAAUUCUACUUGACGGAUUAUUUGGCACAGCAACCGGUUCCACUGUAUCUGUUGAGAAUGUGGGGCUUCUUGGAUCAACCAGAGUCGGAAGUCGUAGGGUUAUCCAGAUCUCGGCUGGUUUCAUGAUAUUUUUCUCCAUCUUGGGUAAAUUUGGAGCAUUGUUUGCUUCCAUUCCCUUCUCAAUCUUUGCUGCGGUUUAUUGUGUUCUCUUUGGGAUUGUCGCUGCGGUUGGGCUCUCCUUCUUGCAGUUCACAAACAUGAACUCCAUGCGCAACCUCUUCAUCGUCGGCGUCUCCAUCUUCCUCGGCCUAUCAAUUCCCGAGUACUUCUUCCGCUAUGCUGCCGGUGCUCAACAUGGUCCAGCUCACACCAGGGCACAAUGGUUCAACGACUACAUAAACACGAUCUUCACAUCGCCACCUACUGUGGCAUUAAUGGUGGCAAUUCUCCUGGACAACACGCUCGACUACAAGAACACGGGCCAUGAUCGAGGAAUGCCAUGGUGGGCGAGGUUUCGAACAUUUAAUGGAGACACUAGGAAUGAGGAGUUCUACACCCUCCCCUUCAACCUCAAUCGCUUCUUCCCUCCAUCGUGAUGUAAGAUUUUGUUUAGUUGAGGUAGAGGAAGACAGAAGCAGACUCAGAUUGUUGAGCAAUGAGAGGUAGAUAAGAAUAGGUUGUUCUUCAGGAUAAACUCAUUAUUUUCUUUGUAAUUUGUGUGUGUGUGUUUUUUUUUUAAUUUUGUGGACAAUAAAUUAGUUUUAAUUCAUUAUGGUUCUGCUA